AUGUCCGCGCAGAGAAAACACAACGAGAGAAACCAGCAGAUCCUCAAGACCUUGCUGAGAGAGCCUGCGAACAAGAACUGUGCAGACUGCAAGACCUCCAAGAACCCGCGCUGGGCGUCAUGGAACUUGGGCGUCUUUGUCUGUAUUAGGUGUUCCGGUAUUCAUAGAAGCAUGGGGACACACAUUUCGCGGGUCAAAUCUGUUGAUUUGGACUCGUGGACCGACGAGCAGGUCAAGAGCAUGGUAAUGUGGGGAAACGAGCGGGCAAACUUGUUCUGGGAGGACAAGCUCCCGGACAACUACGUGCCUGACGAGAGCAAGAUUGAGAAUUUUAUUCGCACCAAGUACGAGAUGAGGAAAUGGAAGAGCGACAAGGAACCGGGCGCGCUGGCUGUUGCUGGAAAGACAACGGAGCAGCGCGAGUCUCCGGAGUCGCUUUCACAGCAGACAGAGUCCACGUCUUCGCUGCUGGACGGACUUAGCACGCCUGUCAACGCCUCUGUCAGCACCUCCACAGCCAAACCAACGCCCGCUCCGGCCGCCUCAGCAUCCCAAGACUUAUUUUCGUCCGACCUGUUUGGAUCGGCGCCUUCGCGGCCUCCACAGCCGCAAACGGCCCAGAACAGCAGACCGGAUCUCAAGAAAUCGAUUCUUAGUCUAUAUUCGAAACCGUCGCCGCAGACCCAGCCGCAGAUCCAGCAGCCAUUUCGCUCGCAACCUUUUACACAGCCGGUGCAGCCGGUGCAGCCUCAGUUCAACUACACGUCCGAAGACCCAUUCAAAAAUGUGUGGAGUUAA